AAAUAUCAGCUAAAAUGAGACUGUAAAAAAAAAAAGAAGCUUGAACUUUUCCAAAGUUAAUUCAGCUCAACAAGUCGUUUUAGUUCAAAUAAAAGGUUAGUAAUGAGUGGAUAACAGACGUCACAGACGUAACUGGCUGGUUUAGGUUAACAUAAUAAUAACAACAAUAAUUAUUAUUAUUAUUAUCAUUAUAAAACCGUUCGAAGGUGGCAUUAACACUUUAGUGGGAAGAGUUUUGUGUCUCCUCCUCCUCCUCCUCCCUUUUACAUUCCACACAUGCGGAGAAGCAACAAGCUCCCGGAGCAGCAGCAGCAGCAGCAGCAGCAGCAGCUAAAGGCUAACAGCUACGACAGCAGCAGCAGCUCUGAGUCAGAGAACGAGGCGUCGUCGUCUCGUCGUCACCAUGCAAAAGUUUACAAACACGGACCCUCGCCUCCAUUAGAGCGGCGACAGUCAGCGACACCCGCGGCGACUGUAGACGGAAACCAUGGGCGGUGGCUGGCGUUGGUAAUUCCCCUUUAUUUUGCGUUAUAUUGUGGCUCUUCAAAUGUGCGAAAAGUCGUUGGGUCUGGAACAACAAGAUGGCAGUAGCAGCAGCAGCGUCGGCGGCGGCGGCGGCGGCAGUAGCAGCAGCAGCAGCAUCAGCAUCAGCGGCGACGACAACAGCAGCAGCAGCAACAACGGUCCAGGAUACGAGUGUGGUGCGGGUCGUCGGUAGCCUGGUCCUCGGCGCUGUGGGUGAUGCGAUCUACGGGUUUUACUGAAGGUAUGGCCUCACAAGUCUUGGUUUACCCACCACACCUGCACUCAGCUCAAACAAGUGCCUUAGGAACCAGCAGCAGUGGUACCAGCAGACAAACAGGCGACGCCCACCACAGUGAUGACACCAGCAGAGCCUUCCAGCACCGACCGCCGCCUAAGACCUACGUGAUUGGAGUCAACUACGGAAUCGCCUAUCCAAACAACGUUAUCCCGUCUCCAGCUGUUGCUGACCUGGGCGGACAGCACCGGAGGCUAGAACUCAGACAAGGGGAGCAGUGGGUUUUACAGAGAGAGGGUCCUGCUGAGAUCCAAAACCAGGAGAAUCUUUUCCAGAACAGAGGACCUCAGGAAGCGAGGCCUCAGGCAGACAGUCGUGGAACUCCGUCAGUCGCAGGUUUGGACUGUGGGUUACUGAGGGGGGGCUGUUUCAGAGCGGAGGAGGGGGAGGGCAGGAAGAGAGGCGCAAAAACCAGAGCGGGAUACACUCACCUGAGAGACUCGGGUGUCCCUCAGAGAUGUGAGCGGGACGAGGCGCGUGACCGUAGACAACAACCGCAGGAGAACAACAUGCAGAUAGUGGAGGAGGCGUCUGCUCUACCUUCACUUCCUCCCGCUGCGGCCAUGUUGCAGACCAGCACUGGAACCAAUGCAGACACUGUCAAAGGGACGGGCAGAGGAGCAGCGCCCCUUCAUCACAGCGCGGCAGACACGGGAAUCAGGGUUGACGGGCCUGAGAGCAAGGCCAACGGCAGCGGUGAGGUAGUGGCCGGUGCCGCGGUGACCAGGACCGGCUCAGGAGACGGGGACUACCAGUUGGUGCAGCACGAGGUCCUGUGCUCUUCAAAGAACAGCUACGAGGUCCUGGAGUUUCUGGGCCGCGGGACCUUUGGUCAGGUGGUCAAGUGCUGGAAGAGGGGAGCCAAUGAUGUCGUGGCAGUGAAAAUACUGAAGAACCAUCCAUCCUAUGCACGCCAGGGGCAGAUUGAGGUGGAGAUUUUGGCACGGUUGAGUAACGAGAAUGCAGAUGAGCACAAUGUGGUGCGUGCCUUGGAGUGCUUCCAGCACCGCGGCCACACCUGCCUGGUGUUUGAGAUGUUGGAGCAGAACCUCUACGACUUCCUCAAACAGAACAAGUUCAGCCCACUGCCACUCAAAAUCAUCAGGCCUAUCCUGCAGCAGGUGGCUAAAGCCCUCCAGAAGCUGAAGUCUCUGGGUUUGAUCCACGCUGACCUGAAGCCAGAGAACAUCAUGCUGGUGGACCCCACCAGGCAGCCUUACAGGGUCAAGGUCAUCGACUUUGGCUCCGCCAGCCACGUCUCCAAGGCCGUCUGCUCGACUUACCUGCAGUCUCGAUACUACAGAGCGCCAGAGAUUAUUUUGGGGCUGCCGUUCUGCGAGGCCAUCGACAUGUGGUCGCUGGGCUGCGUCAUCGCCGAGCUCUUCUUGGGUUGGCCUCUGUACCCCGGAGCUCUGGAGUACGACCAGAUCCGGUACAUCUCUCAGACUCAGGGCCUGCCUGCCGAGCAUCUGCUCAACAAGGGGACCAAGACCUCUCGUUUCUUCACCAAAGAGUCCGACUCUCCGUACGCCUCCUGGAGACUCAAGACGACAGACGAGCACGAGAAAGAGACGGGGCUGAAAUCCAAAGAAGCCAGAAAAUACAUCUUCAGUUGUCUGGACGACGUAGCACACGUGAACCUGGUGUUGACUCCUGACAACAGCGACAUGCAGGCGGAGAGCUCAGACCGCAGGGAGUUUGUGUCUCUGCUGAGGAGCAUGCUGCUGAUCGACGCCGAGGACAGGACCGUUCCUUCCAGUGUCCUCAACCACCCCUUCCUGACCAUGACUCAUCUCCUCGACUAUCCACACAGUCACCACGUGCAGUCAUCUUUCCGUAUCAUGGACAUGUGCCACGGCGGCCACACCAAUGCAGUCUUUGACGCCCUCAACCAGAACACCAUUCACUUCUCCAGAGCCCCUCUGGCCCCCACUGCCUCCUCGGGCCUCCCUCUGGGCUACGGCAACAUACCAGUCCACACUCAGGCUCUAACUCAGUCUGCCUCCUCGGUGUUGCAUCCAGCCUUAGCUCUGACAACUGGCAGCGGACAGUUUGGGUGCAGUGACUCAUUCCCACCUGCCCUCCUCCUUUGUCCUCCCACCAUGCAAGGUAACCUUAAUCAACCAGCAGGGUAUUCCGUUCCCAUGGUAACUCAGGCCCCUCCCAUACAGCCUCUGCCAGUUAGGCCUGGUGUCAUAGCUCAACAGGCCUGGUCCGGCCGAGGGCAACAGCUCCUCGUCCCAGCUGCCUGGCAACAGAUGACUCCAGUUGGUCCUCCACCCUCUCACCCUCCUCCACCUCCCCCACCAUCCUUAGCCAGCGACACCACAACUGGCCCGCAAAGGAUCAGUGACUGGGGAAAAUUACAUCCUCACAGCAACCAUUACAGCUCUGUCAUCCAGCACUCCCUCCUGACCAAUCAGAUGCAGGGCUUGUCCGCUCCUCAGCCAAUCAACAUUGGAGUAGCUCAUGUCGUAUGGCCCCAACCGACCAAUAAGCGAAAUAGACACAGUCACAACAGGAACGUGUCUCACUCUGGCAACAUGCGAUCAUCGCUGUGUCGUACUCCAAACAUGGCUGCCGUGGUCGGACAGACCGUUCAGGGGAGAGAGCCGCCUCAGAGGGACGUGCCUCUGUUGGACACCAGACCUGUGGAGGUCGAGGAGGAAGAGGAGAACGCUGAAGAGGAAGUGAGCUGUUACAAAGAGGUGGUGCCUCAAGAUAAGGUACAGCUGGACCUGUCCUCUCAGCAGCAGCGAGACGUUGCCGUCCUCAUGGGCGACACACCGAGCCCUGCUCCCAGUGUGGUCAGCAUUCGUAGUGAACUGACCGACGAUGAGGAGGAAGACCCUCAGAAGUGCCGUCUGACUGAGUGUAAAGCGGAGUGUGAGUGUGAGGCGUGCAGAAACACCAGUGUGUCCAUGGAGAGGGUGUGUUCUCUCAGCAGCCCUGACAGCAGCCUCAGCACCAACUCGUACGCCUCCAACUCACUCCACUCCAGCCCUUCUGCCUCACCGUGCAAGAGGCCCAACAGCAUGUCUGAGGACGACAGCCACGAGAGCGGUUGUGACACAGUGGAAGGUUCGCCCACUGACACCUCAGCCUCACUGCGCGGCAACGGACAUUAUCGUUUCCUUGACAACGGCAAUCACAACCACCGCCCACCUUUGGCUUCGGUGGUGGCAGCGCUGCCUCCCCCUGCGGUGCAGGGCAGGAGUCCCCGUGGCGUCAGGACAAUGGUGGUUCCACCAAUGAGGGCCCAGAACAACAACAACAGUCAGGUGACGGAGGAGCGUGUCCAGAGAACAGCCUCAGAGUCCUGGUCCCGGUCCAAAGGGCGGUGCAGUCUCGCAGGCCAACACAGCAGUCCCUCUUCUAUCCCCCUCCUCCCGUCCGCCCCCUUCCUGCCCCGACAGCAGAAGUCCACAGGGCAGCGCCUGCCCCCUCUGGCUUUUGGACAGGUGCAGCCGUACGGCUCCAACCUCAGCAACAAAGAGUGGAACGGCAACUAUGGGCCGCUGCGACCUCACGCCUACAUUCCCCCUACUGUCCACACCCACACCUUCACUCACCUGCCCCACGGCAGCCCCACCCACACCUCGGCUGGCCCGCACACGCAGGGCAUCCCCAGUUCGCGCCGCAGCAAUUCCUCCAGGGGCGGAGGGGCAACGGAAAAUGGACGGGAGCUGCGACCUGGGCGGGAAGAGUUGGCAGCAGAGCACAACACGGACACUUGUGAUGGAUUCAACGCUCCUGUCUUUGUGUUUCGGGUGGCAGACGUUGCUGCUGCUGCCGUUAACCAGUGCCUUAAAACCAGAGUCGACGACGACGAUGAUGAUGACGAUGAUGAUGAUGACGACGAUGGCCGUGAACGUCGACUUCAGGAGCUCACAGAUUGUAAAAUCUAA